GCAGAUCGAACCCUCUCGUCGGCAUUUCGCCGAGCACACGGCAUGCUGUCGCUCAGGCGCAUUCUCCGCCUACCCGUGCCCUCCUCCUGCGGCCCCCGCCGCCUCCUCUCAUCCCACCGCCGCGCUCCAGCGCACCCGGCCGCGGCCACCGGGGACGACGAGUGGAACGACGCGUGGGAGACCGCAUGGCUCCCGGGCGACUCCCCCGCCUCCUCGCCGGCACCCGCCGCGCCGUGGGAGUCCCCCACCUCGGAAGCCGUCGCGGCCACCGUCCCGGCCAUAUCCGCCGAGGUGGACCCUGACACGAAGGCCUUCGUCGCCGACAUGGACGAGCGCUGGGCCGAGCGCCGCGCCGCGACGAGGCGGCCGCGCGCUCCUCCUCGCCCCACGGCCGCCGAGGGAGGGGGCGGCGCCGGGGCGAAGAAGGCAGGGGCGGACGAGUACAGGACAAGGAAGCAGCGCGUGCACGCUGCGCUUUGGGUGAAGGAGAUCGACAAGAUGGAGGAGGCGCGCCUUGGCGGCGGCGGUGGUGGCCGCGGCGCAGCAGACGACAUCGACCGGCUUCUUGACUCGUGCUCAGAGAUCUUUGAUUCCGGCAACGCUGAUUUUGGCAAUUCGAAGAUUCCAAGCACUGGUGAGAUUAAAACCAAGCCGGAUGGUUGGGAAACUACCUCGAGGGGUCAGGACGGUAACAUAUGGGAGAUCUCACAGCGUGAGGAGGACAUCCUUCUCCAAGAAUUUGAGAGGCGCAUUGCUUUCAGCAAACAGCAGAUUGCUAGCUUCAUCAAAACUCACAUAUUUAGUCGAAGACGGCCUAUCGACGGGUGGAAGUACAUGAUUGAAGAAAUCGGCCCCAACGCAAGGAAAGGGAAGGGGAGCGUACAGAGACUGCCAAGUGUGACUGAUCCGGCUACGCAGCCGUUCAGGGAGGAGUCGCCUGCAAUUGCCUCUGCUGGUUCCUCCUCUCCUCCCCCCUUCAGAGGAAACCGACAUUACUGAUGUUCAGUAUGUGUGCUAUCUCCUGCCCAUUUUCAUCGGUAUGGUGGCACACAUCCAGCCUUUGUGGUUCCAAAAGUGCACUGGUAGGUAGAUUCCUUGUGGAGAAACUUUGUGUAUUUUCUGGGUCAGAUAUGCUUACACUGCUUUUGAAAUGCAUUGUUUUUGCGAACGUCUA